UAAAGCAAAGACAAACACUGUGCACCUGACCCUGAAGAAGCGCCGUGCCCUUCACAACAGCAAACAUGGCGACUGCAACCAAAAUUAUUCAAAGGUUGAGAAAUUUACUAUCUGGGCAUGAUCUGCAAAGCAAACUUCAACUGCGAUAUGAGGAAAUAGCCAAGAGGACACAGUCACCACCGAAAUUACCUGUUGGUCCAAGUCACAAGUUUGCAAAUAACUACUACUACAGUAGAGACGGGCGUAGAGAAUCUGUACCCCCCACAAUCGUCAUGUCGACACAGAAGGCACUUACUUCUGGCAGUGAAGCUGCUGAAGCCCCUGCAAAGCUCCCAGUCACUCCAGGCAAAGUGUAUGUGCCACCGCCUCUGUCUACAGACCAGCCUUACCUCUGAACAGACUGGUGA